AUGGAAAAUUUUCAUACUACUCCCUAUAUAGUUUUACCAGAAGUAUAUUAUAAUUCUGAACAAGACGAUUUUGAAGAGUUGAUGAGUGGAAACUUAAGACAAUAUUUAAAUGAUAAUCAUAAUCAAUUAUCUUUUGGAGAUAAACUUGGGAUGUUAUACACUAUGGCAAAUGGAUUAUGCAACAUUCAUUCUCAAGGACUAAUUCACAGAGAUUUUCAUCCGG